AAUGAAUGAAGGAGAUACGCCAUACGUUAGUCCACGAUUAUGGACACCAAGCCAACAAGUUGAAGAGAGGAAUAGAGAUAUUCGGGCGAGUGUUGUGAGGGAAUCAACAGGUUUAACUCCGCCAUCUAAAUUUUUGGGGGCUGGUACAAUUUUUAUGGGUGUCGUUGUUUUUAUUACUGGUUUAAUUAUUCUGAUUUUAUCCAUUGGAAAAGUAAUCUCAGUCGUUGUGGGAAGAGUAUUCGGAGUAAUUCUCAUACUGACUGGUUUCUUGGUUCUCCUCUUUGGAUCAAUAUAUUUCGGUAUAGUUGUUUCGAGACAUGGUAAAAUAAUGAAGGAUAGAGAAAAACUUGAAAGAAUGAGGACUGAAUAUAUGAACAGUAAUUCAUGGGCGAAUAAGACGGAAAAUGUUAGAAGAACACCCGAAGAGUUAGCCAAGAUAAGUAAUCUCUUUCAAGCAAAAUCAUAA